AUGUCUUCCACUCCACUUUCGGGCAAAAUUGCCGUCAUCACCGGCGGCACCAAGGGCAUCGGCGCCAGCACGGCGGCGCUGCUGGUGAAGCUGGGCGCCAAAGUGGUGGUCAACUACGGGCGGGACACCGCGGCGGCGGAGAAGAUCGUGGCCCAACUCGGAAGCGACAAGGCGUACGCGGUGCAAGCCGACGCCGGGUCCGUCGCGGGCGUCGAGCAGCUGGUGAAGGCGACGGUGGAGAAAUUCGGGCGGAUCGACCUCCUGGUGGCCAACGCGGGGAUCCUGCCGAUGAAGACGGUCGAGUCGUGCACCGAGGACGACUUCGACCGCACGUUCAACCUCAACGUCAAGGGGCCCUUCUUCCUCGUGCAGAAGGCGCUGCCGCACAUGGCGCCCGGGAGCAGCAUCGUACUCGUGUCCACCACGCUGUGCCACGCCUCGACUGUCAACGGGCCCUACACGCUGUACUGCGCCACCAAGGGCGCCAUCGAGCAGCUGACGCGCCUGCUGUCCAAGGACCUGCUGGCACGCAAGGGCAUCCGGGUCAACGCCGUCGCCCCCGGUCCCACCGCCACCGACCUCUUCCUCGAGGGCAAGAGCGAGCAGGUCCUCAACAUGCUCGCCAGCUUCCAUCCCGCCGGCCGCAUCGGCCAGCCCGACGAGAUCGCCGAGGGCAUCGCGUACCUGUGCGGUCCGGGCGCCACCUGGGUCAGCGGCCAGACCAUCCGGGUGAAUGGCGGCAUGGCUUAG